AUGUCAUCAACCCUCCACCUCCGCACCCUCACCCCCCGAAGCCUCAUCCGCACAACACAAGCACCCUCACUCAACCGCCCAUUCCACCAAACCAUCCCUCGUCUCACUCCCGCCGUCAAGCAAGAAAGCGACAAGCCGCCAUCCGAAGAGACGCAGAAAAAAUCCAAAAAGGGCAGCGUCCCUCAGCCCAAGAUUUCCAACCUCAGCAUGCCCGGCGUUAACAAAUCGGAGGAGCUCACCAAGGAGCAAAAGGAGGAGGUCCGGAAGCACAACGAAGACUUUGAGAAGAAAUUCGACCAUGGUCAAACGGCACCAGACGACAAGGUAGACAAGAAUUUCUGGCAAGGGAACCAGGAGGGUCACGAGGGUGAGGGUCGCAAGCCUUGA